AUGUCCCAACAAAUAGCCCACUCGCACUCCCUCUCCGACCCAGAAGCCUUCUGGUCCCAUCACGCGAGCAGACUCCACUGGCACACUAAGCCCUCGCGAGCUCUGACUCAAAAGCCCAAGACCCUCCCAAGUGGCACCACCCACCAAUCCUGGUCCUGGUUCGCCGACGGCGAGAUCUCCACCACAUACAAUUGCAUCGAUCGCCACGUUCAUUCGGGCCAUGGCGAGAAUGUCGCCAUCAUCUGGGAGUCCCCCGUCACCCACACAACCCAGAAAUACACCUACGCCGAGCUGCUCGAUGAAGUCGAAGUCCUCGCCGGUGUCCUGAGAGAAGAGGGGGUCCAACGCGGCGAUGUUGUUAUCAUCUACAGUAAAGAUCCCCACCUACCCCUCACACCUAUGCCCAUGAUCCCCGCUGCCCUGAUCGCCUGUCUAGCAAUCGCUCGUCUAGGCGCAAUCCACGCCGCCGUCUUUGGCGGCUUCGCUCCAGCCGCCCUGGCUCAGCGUAUCGAUGCCGCCCGUCCCCGCGCGAUAAUGACCGCCUCGUGCGGAGUCGAAGGCUCAAAGGGUCCGAUCCCAUAUCGGCCCCUCGUCGAAGCAGCCAUCAACGGUGCCUCCUUCAAGCCAUCCAAAGUCCUUAUCUGGCAGCGCGACCAGCUACGCUGGAACAACCCGGAUAAGCGCAGCGGCCAGCGAAACUGGCAGAGGCUCAUGAAGAGCGCGCGUAUGCGCGGUCUUCGAGCUGACGCCGUGCCGGUCAAAAGCACCGACCCGUUAUAUAUUAUCUACACAAGUGGCACAACAGGUCUACCGAAAGGUGUCCUCCGCGAAGCGGGCGGUCACGCCGUCGCCCUGGAACUAUCCAUCAAAUCCCUCUUCGGGAUCCGAGGACCCGGCGAUACAAUGUUCUGCGCUUCGGAUAUCGGCUGGGUAGUGGGUCAUUCGUACAUUCUGUACGCGCCUCUAUUAGUCGGCGCAACUACAGUUCUCUUCGAAGGCAAGCCCAUCGGCACACCGGACGCAGGCACGUUCUGGCGAAUUGUCGAAAAACAUAAUGUCAAUGCCCUUUUCACGGCUCCGACUGCUAUGCGCGCAAUCAGGAAAGAGGAUCCUGAUGACGCGGUUAUUGGACAGGUUGGAAAGCGAAAUGGUUUGAAAUCGCUGCGUGCGCUUUUCCUUGCUGGUGAACGCAGUGAGCCUAGUAUUGUUCGCGCUUACCAGAGCUUACUGACUAAAUAUGCGGCGCCGGGUGCGCUGGUCAUUGAUAAUUGGUGGUCUUCUGAGUCUGGGUCUCCGAUCUCUGGUAUCGCGCUGGAUAGCGGUGCUGCGCUGGCCGGAUCUGAGUAUGGGUUUGUGGCUGCUUUGGUGCCGAAGGCUGGGUCGGCGGGGUUGCCGAUGCCGGGGUUUGAUGUUCGUGUUGUUGAUGAUGAAGGUGAGGAAGUGGCGCGUGGUACGAUGGGGAAUAUUGUGAUGGCGCCGCCUUUGGCUCCAUCGGCAUUUACUACGCUAUUUCUGGAUGAAGAGCGGUUUUAUCGUGGGUAUUUGCUACGGUUUGCUGGUCGGUGGGUUGAUACUGGUGAUGCGGGGAUGAUUGAUGAGGAUGGAUACGUCCAUAUCAUGUCGCGGAGCGAUGACAUCAUCAAUGUUGCCGCGCAUCGAUUUAGUACCGGCUCAAUCGAGCAGGCUAUCCUCUCACAUCCGUCAAUUGGCGAGGCUAGCGUCGUUGGAAUCCCCGAUCCGCUGAAAGGUCAUUUGCCUUUCGCUUUUGUGCAUCUCAAGUCCAGUGAAGGACUAUUAUCAGCGGCGCCAAGCAAGGAACUGUUCAACGAGGUGAAUUCCCUUGUCCGUGAACAGAUUGGUGCGAUAGCAUCCCUUGGUGGGAUCAUUCAGGGCCGUGGAAUGAUUCCCAAGACUAGGAGUGGGAAGACGCUCAGACGUGUGUUGAGGGAGCUGCUUGAGCAUGCUGUAGAAGGCGAGUUCCAGAAACCUGUUAGUGUGCCGCCUACCGUUGAGGAUGCGGAGGUUGUGGAGGUUGCGAGGGGGAGGGUUAGGGAGUACUUUUUGGCGAGGAAGUCGAAGCUUUAG